AUGAGAAAAAUAAUAUAAUUAUUGGUUGUAGUAAUUGAAUUGGUAAUAGGAUAAAAAGAAUAAGCAAAUACAGCAUCAUAUGCAGCUUAAUAAUAAGGAGCAAUGGCAGCUGCAAUAGCUUAAGCAGCGCCAUAUGCAGCAAUGGGUAUUCCAAUAACGAUUAAACCAUAAACUCCUCCACCACCUCCUGAUCCUCCUUCAAUUGGAACUGAACCAGAGCCUUCAGAAUAUAAUGAUCUUUUUACUUAUUCGGGUUAUUUUGAUCCUUAUAAUGAUGAUGUUCAUGCUUUUAUGAUCAAUGGAAAAAGAAGAAAAAGACAUAGAGUUAAUUGUGGAAGAGAUAGAAAAGGUAGAUAUUGUGAUUUUAGAAGAUCUCAUCAUUAACAUGGUUUAUAUAAUAGAGAUUGCAUUCAUUAUGCAGGAUCUUUAGAAAUUUUUGGAGUUUGGUAAUGUGGUUCUAGAAAAUAAUUAUCAACUGGAGCUGUUAUCAGAUUUUUGGUUGAAUUACAUGAACUUGUUUUAGCAUAUAAAUAAUAAAAAAAUGAUUAUGCCAUUUAAAGAUUUUAAAGAGUUAUGGAAUAUAAUAGAGAUAUUUAUGCUAAAUUAAAAAGAGCAUUUAAAGCUAAUAUAAAAAAGAAUAUUGAAUUUGUUAUGGAAAUAUUAAAUAAAACUAAUGAAUAAGUUAUACAAAAUUUUUAAUAAAUUCUAGAUAUGUCUAAAGAAAUAUUAGCAGAUAUAAGAUAAGAUAGAGAAGCAGAAUUAGAAGAAUUAAAAAGUUAAUUAUAAGAAUUAUUAGAAAACUUUCCACCUCCUUUAAGCAUAUGUUAAUAAUUAAGAGAUUGUGAUUCUUGUUUAUCAAGGGAUGGAUGUAUAUGGUGUACAGAAGAAUAAAAUUGUUAAUAGGGAAAUUCAAGAGAUGGAGCAUUUUUUAAUAGUUGUGAUAUAUGGGUUAGUGGUUAAGAAUGUCCUGAAGAAGAAGCUUAAUAUAAAUUAGAUAACAAAGUUAGUUAUAAAAAUGAAUUAGAAGAUUAUUACAAUUAAUCUGAUUUGGAAUUAGACUAAAAAUUAUAUUUAGCAUCUAAAUAAAGAGAUAUGAUUUAAUUAAAAAAUUAAAUUGAAAAUAGAAGAGUUGUAAUUGAUUAAAUGAUCAGUAUUGAAAGAAAUUUGAAAUAGAGAAGUAUAUAAAUUAUUGAUGAAUUUUCUAAAAAUAAGCAAUAUGAUGGGGAUUUUCUAUCUAAAAUUCUCGAUGAAGAUGCAGAAGGUUAAUGGACUGAUUAUAAAUAAGAAACCAAAAAACUAUUUAAAGAAGAUUAAGAAGCUUAAAAAGAAUUAGAAGCUGAAGAACUUGAAUAAAGAAAAUAAUAAUCAGAAAAAGAUAAAAAAAGAGAAGAAUUUGAAAAAAAAGAGUUGGAAAAAAGAAAUGAAUCUACUGUUAUUAACAAAUCUAAAUAUAAAGAUAGAACAAGUGUAGAAGAUGUCUUAGAAAAAGAAUAAGGCAAAUUAGAAAAAUAAGAAGAAAAAUGA